AUGAAUGAAUGGCUAGGGAACGGAGGUUCCAGUGCUAAGGAGCAUCACGAAGGCAAGUUGGAUGUGGACAAGAAGGACGCGAGGAUUGCAGAUUAUUUUGAUUUCAUUGCUGGGGCGAGCACGGGAGGCCUUAUAGCAGCUAUGCUUACUGCUCCGAACGAUAAGAAACGGCCUCUGUUUGCAGCAAAAGAUAUUGUUAAGUUUUAUGAAGAGCAGAGUUCAAAUAUCUUUACGAAUAGGGGAGAACAAUCCCCUUUCAAAGUAGAUGAGAAAAGCCAACUUCUGCUUGCUGAAGAGGAUUUCAAAAUCUCUAUUCCUGAUGAAGCAAGGAUGGAGAUCCAGCAAUUUUCUUACCAAGUGUACGUAGCUGCGCGUGAGGUGAUGAAAGAAGGAAAGACGGAUUUUGACAAGCUUGUCGUUGUUUCACUUGGAACUGGAGCACCAAAUGAAAGGGACAGGCUAGAGGUUGGAGGUGGCGAAUGGGGAAUUUUUGAUUGGCUUUGGCAGGAUGACAAUUCCAACCCGUUGUUGGAUAUCUUGAUGACUGCAGCGGAUGAAUUGACUGAAAUGUAUGCCUCCAGCAUCUUUCAAUACAGUGGAUUAAAAAACAACUACACUCGGCUCCAGGCCAACCUCGCACUCACUGAAUCCAUGGUGGACGAUACUAGCCAAAAAAAUCUGGAGAAUCUCAAGAAGAUCGGUGAGGAUUUAGCGACAAAAAACGAUGCCAAACUUGAGGAGUAA